UGACGUGAGAGUUGGCAAGAACUAGAGCUGGCUAGAACCUUGUGACAUACAGUGAGAUCUUGAGUGAUAAAUUAAUAUAUUUUUUAUGGUGUCUGUUAAUUAAACUUAAUUUUAUAAAUUAUCCAUCCAGUAACAAUUAAACCAAUCAAUUUAAAUAAUAAUAUAGUAUGUUAUUGUCACGAUAACAGAACCAUAACCUACGAAUUUAAAUAAAACGUAUUUUUUUAUGAUAUUGAAGUCAACUGACGUCUAAUAAUUUUUGAAUUUUUUUUAAAGCCAUAAAUUAUUAAAAAAAAAUGUUUAAAAAAAUUGCACCUAUAGUUUUUUCAAUUUUCUACAUGUGCAUUUUUUAGUUUUAUUUUUUUUUUAAUUUUUUGGCUAAAAAACAAAAUCCGGAAAUUUUUAAUGGUCUGUUAACUUCAGGAUCGUAUUUUUUUUGUCUGGUGAUAUUUAAAUUGAAGGGAAAAAUAAAAAUAAAAAAAAAAAACACAUGCACGUUUCGUUCUUUGGAUUGAACAUGGGACGAAUCAAAAGAGAUCAAGAGCUUGGCAAUGAUUGGUGUUGAUUGUCGUUAAGCGACGAAAUAAGCUCAUGAUUUUUUUCGUUGCAAUAAUUUGGUACUCGGUUAGCAAAAAGACAAGUGUCAUUGUUAUUGUUAUAGAAAACCAAAGAAACUAUUUUAUUAAGAGUAUGGUUUUUAUCAUCGCUUUUGGAGCUGCUACUAAAUUUUUUAUCAAGCAAGCUGUUGGUCCACUCUAUGAAUUCGCUGGUGGAACACUUUUAAUUCAUAAUUCAUGAUUUAUAUUGGAAAAAUAAAUUUAUUAAAAAUUCAUCGCAGCAAUAAUUUUAUAAACUUUCGAGGAGUUUUUCGCAUGAGUAGGCAUGAUUGAAAAGACUAAAAUAAUAAGAGUGUUAAUUUGUUAUUUUUUAAUAAUAAAGUGAAUAAAAAUAAAAAUAUAUAAACCAGCAUGGCAAUAGGAAGUGUUAUUUGCGGAGCGAAUACUCCAAAAACAAAAAGAAAAAAAAGCAAGACUCAAGAACGUAGUUGGAUUGAAGCAACAUUUCAGAAAAGAGAAUGUACUAAAUUUAUACCAAGUGCUAAAGAUGAACAUAGGCUUGAAGAAGUUCAGGGAGAUAAAUCUGCUGAGUACGAUGUAGUCACGUCUUCCAGAUGUUGCUGUGGGCAUUCCUACACUCACCACUGUGGUACAGGAGCAGAUGUGCAGAAUUAUGCAACUGGAAAUGCAGCUGAGGCAGAAAGGGAUCAGUGGUCACCAGGAAAAAAUACACGUGCUUCAGCUACUGACGCAUACGGCACUAUCGAGUUUCAAGGCGGCCCUCACCCCACCAAAGCUGAAUAUGUUCGGUUAGCCCAUGAUACUCGACCAGAGCCGAUAGUUCAACUUUUGUGCCGUGAAUGGAAUUUAGGUCUUCCAAGAUUAUUGAUAACAGUUCAUGGAGGCAGAUCUAAUUUUGAGCUUCAGCCAGCUUUGAAAAAGGUCUUACGUAAAGGACUUUUAAAAGCCGCUAAAACAACUGGAGCAUGGAUAUUCACAGGAGGAACAAAUACUGGUGUUACCCGGCAGGUAGGCGAUGCUUUGCUAUUAGAACGUGCACAGCGUCAGGGUCGUGUUGUCAGCAUAGGAAUUGCACCUUGGGGAAUACUAGAAAAAAACCACGAAUUAAUAGGACGAGGAAACGAAGUUCCCUAUGAUUCAAUAUCAUCUCCAUGGUCAAAGUAUGCAGUAUUAAACAAUCGUCAUGCUUACUUUUUGCUCGUUGAUAAUGGUACUGGUGGGCGAUAUGGCGCUGAAAUAGUAUUACGAAGGAAGCUGGAAAAAUAUAUAUCAAACUUAAAACUACAGCCAUAUACUCAUAGUAGCAUUCCAGUAGUUGCACUAGUUAUUGAGGGUGGAACUAAUACUGUUAGAUCAGUUCUCGAAUACGUUACUGAUGAUCCUCCGGUUCCUGUAGUUGUUUGUGAUGGAACUGGUCGUGCUGCGGAUAUCAUUGCUUUUAUGCAUAAAUAUGCAGUUGAGGGUGAUAGUGAUAGCACCAGUGAUGUACGUUUAGAAAGCAUGAAAGAACAUUUAUUUGAAAAAAUUAAAGAUACUUUUAAAGUUUCACAAGAACAAGCGGCACAAUUAUAUUCUGAAUUACUCCAAUGUACUCGUAAAAAACAUUUGAUCACUGUAUUCAGGAUAACUCAAGAUGGACCACAUGAACUUGACCAAACAAUCUUGACGGCAUUAUUUAAAUCACAACAAUUAUCUCCCACUGAACAAUUAUCAUUAGCGCUGAUAUGGAACCGAGUUGAUAUCGCUCGUAGUGAAAUAUUUGUUUACGGUCAAAAAUGGCCGCCUGGUUCCUUAGAACAAGCAAUGAUGCAAGCUUUACAACACGAUAGAAUCGAUUUUGUAAAACUUCUUCUCGAGAAUGGCGUAUCAAUGAGAAAAUUUUUAUCUAUACCACGUUUAGAAGAAUUAUACAAUACCAAAGAAGGACCAUCAAAUACAUUAGGUUACAUUCUCCGAGAUUUACGACCACAUAUUCCUCGUGGUUAUAUGUAUACACUUCAUGACAUUGGUCUUGUUAUAAACAAGCUCAUGGGUGGUGCAUAUCGCGCUCAAUAUACUCGUAGAAAAUUUCGUAUGGUCUACGCAAAAGUUAUGAAACGUUCGGGAAUUCAUAACUUGUCAGCCCAUCGAAAUAGUACAGCCGUAGCAAUGGCGCGCUAUUAUACAGGGUUCGGAGAAAAAUCUCACCAUGGUCUAACAAUGAGUCUGUUAGCUGAAACACUGCCAGCAAAUCGAGAUACACCUCUAUUUGAUUAUCCAUUUAAUGAAUUACUUAUAUGGGCUGUUUUAACAAAACGACAACAAAUGGCACUUUUAAUGUGGCAACACGGUGAAGAAGCUCUGGCUAAAGCUCUCGUUGCUUUAAAAUUAUACAAAGCCAUGGCUCAUGAAGCGGCUGAGGACGAUUUGGAAACAGAAGUUUACGAUGAGCUUCGUGGCUAUGGAAAGGAAUUUGAAAAUAUCGCUUUGGAAUUGCUAGACUAUUGUUAUCGACAAGAUGAUGAUCAAACUCAACAGCUGCUAACUUCCGAACUUCAAAAUUGGUCGGGGCAAACUUGUCUAUCUCUUGCAGUAACAGCAAACCAUCGGCCGUUACUUGCUCAUCCAUGCAGCCAGAUUAUUUUAGCAGAUUUAUGGAUGGGUGGACUAAGAACACGAAAAAAUACUAAUUUGAAGGUGGGUCUUGGAUUAUUAUUCCCGCCUUACAUAGCACAACUGGAAUUUAAGACUCGGGAAGAAUUGCAGCUGAUGCCUCAGACACAAGAAGAACAUUUAAUUGCCUUAGAAGAUGAAAACGAGGACAGUGAAUCGGAGCAUGGAGCUUCACCAGGGCCAGAUGUUGAGAAACGUCCACGCAGGAGUCUCAGUAUUUGCAACAAACCUGACAAUCAGCAGGGCAUAAAGGCUCUAAUAACCAAUGAACACAAUUCUGCAAUAAAAGAAACGAUCGUUCAAGAAAACGGCAAAGUUCUCACAGAAAUAGAUGACAAUCUUCAUCGGCCUUAUGGCAUUUUAUCGGAUUACUAUGAUAGUAAAACAAACAAGCCAUUACGUCUAAAAAAAAAGUUAUGGGAAUUUUAUACCGCCCCAAUAACUAAAUUUUGGGCAAAUGCCAUAGCGUAUAUAUUAUUUCUAAUUUUUUUCUCAUACUCUAUUCUCGUUCGAAUGGAAGAGUAUCCAGGAUGGACAGAAAUUUAUUCAAUAGCUUAUAUCUGUACUUUGGGAUGUGAAAAAAUACGAGAAAUAGUUACGUCUGAACCGGCAACUUUAUCGCACAAAUUCAGCGUCUGGUCAUGGAAUAUGUGGAAUCCAUGCGACGCUGCUGCUAUUAUUUUUUUCAAUAUUGGCUUGGUACUUAGAUUGCGUCAAUCAACUUUUGAUUAUGGUCGUGUGAUAUACUGCGCUGAUAGCAUAUAUUGGUACCUCAGAAUUCUCAAUAUUCUUGGUGUCAACAAAUAUCUUGGUCCUUUAGUGACUAUGAUGGGAAAAAUGGUUAAAAAUAUGAUAUACUUUGUCGUUCUUUUACUUGUCGUGUUGAUGAGCUUUGGAGUCGCGAGACAGGCGAUUUUAAAUCCCAAUUCAGAACCUAAAUGGCAAAUCAUUCGUGAUAUAUUUAUGGAGCCAUAUUUUAUGCUUUACGGAGAAGUGUAUGCACAUAAUAUCGACCCAGAGUGCGGUGACGAACCGAGUAUGCCACCGUGUUUACCUGGUCGGUGGAUAACGCCUGCUGUCAUGUCUAUUUAUUUGUUGGUAGCAAAUAUUCUGUUGAUAAAUCUUUUGAUAGCCGUUUUUAAUAAUAUUUUUAUCGAAGUAAAUGCUGUUGCUCAUCAAGUCUGGAUGUUUCAAAGAUUUACAGUAGUGAUGGAGUAUGAGCAAAAACCAGUUUUACCUCCUCCACUUAUUGUAGUAAGUCAUAUAUAUAUACUAGGUAAAUAUUUACUGAGAUAUAUAACUCAAGGUGAAAUGACCGUUGGUGAAACGUACGACAAUGGGCUGAAGCUUUUCUUGGAGGCUGAUGAUAUGGAGCGUUUAUAUGACUUCGAAGAAGACUGCGUCGAAGGUUAUUUUAGGGAGCAAGAAUUGAAGCUUCAGAUGUCAAUGGAGGAACGUGUGAAAGUAACAACUGAGAGAGUAGAAAAUAUGCAUCAAAAAAUAGAAGAUAUUGAUAAAAAAGAACACAAUCAAAAUGCUUCAUUGCAAGCAGUUGAAUUUCGUAUUCGCAAACUGGAAGAUUUAAAUGAACAAACUCUAGCCUGUCUUGGUGUUAUCCAUCGUUUUAUGGCAACUCAUAUGUCCGAUGAAAAUUUAUCAAAUCUAGAUGUUGACAUACGUACGAGAAGAGUUUCCGAAAGAUCCGAAGUGAUAUCUGAUACCGAGUCUCACACUCACAUUUCCGGUGUUCCGCGACAAAAACGUUUAUUGCGAUCGUUAACUGAUGCAACAGUUCUUCACAGUCCAUUUGUAGAUGAUGAGAUUUUAAAGCAAUCGGAGACAUUGGCAUCUCGUGAAAAUCUUAGCAGAAAUGAAUCUUCCUCUAGUGGUGACAUUCCGACAACAGGACCGACACCAGAUGAGAAGAAAAUAAUUACAACUAGUCAAGAAGAAAGCGCUGAGAGUAAAGAUAUCAAUGAGCCUGAAAUGAAGCCAUUGAGGCGAGAAGUUGAAAGAGACACGAGUAGUGAUGUUGCGAUCUCAGAUAUGCGGCAAGACUCUUCAGAACGGCCGACUAGACAAAGCAGUCGCACCCGAUCGGAAUCUGACGACGCUGUGCUGCUUGCGCCACCUGGAUUACAACGAGGAGUCAAAUGGGGGGAGCCACGUGUUGCCAUGAUUCCACCAGGUUCCUCCAGUGGGUCCAACCAAAGAUCACUUUUGCGCGCCAUGCGUGCUGAGUAUACAAGUAUUACUGAUGAAUUAGAAAGUUACUGUGGGCUUUUAAGUCCUCCGCGAACUCCACCAGUAUCUCCUCCGCCUUGUAGAUCAAAGAAUUCAAUUUCAAUGAAUCCAGAGAUGGCGUGGCAAAUUGAAAAUGAACAUCUACGUGAUGCUGAAGAAUGUGAUUAUCAACAAAUGGAAGAUCUCAUUCAUAGGCGAUACUUGAGAAGUAGUGACGAAGAUUCAGAUACUGAAACGACGUCCAAGAUGAAGUUUAGUGUCACUAAUGAGCAUCGAAUGUUGCGCAGAUCAUCAGCAAUUGAUGAAGAAUCACGAAGACCGCCACCAACUAUCAGCGUUACAAGAGAAAUCGAACAGACAUUAUCAAGACCACCAGCAAUACGAGAAGCAGACGAUAAGGAUCCAACUGAUGAAGGUAUGACCAGUGUUCCAGCACCAGCUUCCGAAACCAUGUGUUAGUUUUAUUUUUAUAAUAUAAAUAUGGUUACAUAACUCUUAGAAUUAAUCGGUUAUAUAAGAUACCAAAGGAACCCAUAAAUCUUAUAAAUUAAAACCGCAAUCAUAAGCAAUUAUACCUGAGGACAGAGUUAUAACUUUGUCUUGUAUAAUUUUUACGAUCUUAAGAGGAAUGGUACAUACAAAAACUUAUUGUCUAUCUGCGAUACAUUGAUAAUAAUAGUAAUUCUUAUUAUUUUUUUUUCUUUUUAUAUACUAAACUUUCUUUACUUGAGCUUUACAUGUAAGAUGAGGACUGAUAAUUGUAUAUAUCUUCCUUUGUGUUGCAUUUUACUCGACAUAUAUACCCAUAUAACAAUUUCAUAGCAAUCUUGCCCGAGCCUGGUCACCAGGACACUAGUUGUCUACAUUUUUGUAUAACUAUGAAACUUGCUGCAGACACGUACAAAGUUUUAAAUCGCAAAUCUCGUACAAGAUUUAAAAAAAUAUUUUGUGUUAUGUUGUACUUGAAGAAUUGGUCAAGAAUGUUUAAGAUAUUUUGCUCAGGGUGCAAUGCUAGAGACUUGAGCUCAUCUUGCACCAGAAAUUAUUUGCAUCUCAUUUCUGUCUCUGUCACUUUAUCCCCUCACUUGGCAUACAAUACAAGAUCCUGGGGUAAAGUGACAGAGAUAGGAGUGAGAUAUAGAUCGUGUAAUAUGAGACUUCUUGAGCAAAUCUGCCGCAAGACGCGCUAGUGUCUGCAAGUAAUUUGUGGUGGAAGAUUAACUCAAGAUACGCGUGAGUUUAUUAACACAUUGAGAGCAAGACAUCUUCAAUGUUUUUUUGUACAAUAUCAUGUACGAGUCCUGCAACAAUCGUGUCUUAGAAUCUUGUACUCGGGUCAAAAAAUUAGAUCUGUUUUAAAAUAAAUGAUAAAUUAAAAUAUUUUUCCUUUAAUUCAAGUUUAUAAAUCGUAUUUAUUUUAUAUAAGAAUUUAAUCUGUUUUGGCCCGUACUAUUCCUUAUCCAGGCCAAUAUCAGACUUUAUUUCGUAUGAUAUUUAGUCUCUUUUAAAUCGCGUUUAGACUAAAAACAGACUUUUUUAAUAUAAUUAUUGGUCUGCGUUCAAUUGUUUUUAAGGACAAAAACAGACAUUAUUUUCUAUAAUAUUUAGUCUGUGUUCAAUUGUUUUUAAGGACAAAUACAAGACUUUUUAUAAAUAUAAAUAAUAAUAAUAAUAAUAAUCUAGAUUUUUUGAUUUAUUUUAAUUUCCUUGGUAUUUGAAACAUGCUAAUGCGCUUAUGUAAUAAGAUGUCACACGGAGAAAAAUGUUGGCUCGAAACCUACCAAUUUUUACAAUGCUGUCGACUAAACUUGAAACAGGAAGUAAAGCAUCCAAAAAAUUAUCGUGCUCUUACAAAAAUUGAUUAUACUGUAUCACAUUACUUAUCACGCGCGAGAAACUUAUCGAUGAGCUUCAAUAUCAAUUACUUCCAUACAUUAUAAUAAUUUUGAUGCAGCAUAAUAAUUUUUUAUAAGAGUAUAGUAAUUUUUUGGAUACUUUACUUUCUGUUUCA